ACACCAUUACUUUUGUCAAAUCACAUUUCGCCACCUUCUAACAACCAAAACAAAGGUUAUCAACCACGAGAUUUCCGAAGCAGGCUGUUCUUUUUUUAAAUUUUACGAAUUAUUUCAUCAUAAUGAGUGGUCGGCACAAGGGAAAAGGGAAGAGAGGCGGAGGGCCCUACCGCAAUGUAAAAAGUAAUCAUAACUGUGCCCGCAGUUUCGCCCAGCAGGAAAAUGAGCUGGCUAGCAAUUCAAGCUCGGAUUCUGAAUCCUCGGAAGAGGGAGCUGCCAAGAGUGAUCUCGGUCAGCCGCCAGAAUUUUCGGUGGCCAUGUGGGACCUCAAUCAUUGCGAUCCAAAGAAGUGUUCCGGUAGGAAACUGGCUCGCUUAGGACUGAUCGCCAACCUGCGCCUGGGACAGAAAUUCCCCGGCCUCGUUCUGUCUCCUGUUGGUCAAUUGUGCGUUAGUCCUCUAGACAGAGAUGUGGUGGCUGCCUCUGGAGUCGCGGUGAUUGAUUGUUCAUGGGCUAAGCUGGACGAGACGCCCUUUGCCAGGAUGCGAAGCCCACAUCCACGGCUGCUUCCAUUCCUGGUGGCCGCCAACCCAAUUAAUUAUGGAAAACCCUGCAAGCUCAGCUGCGUGGAGGCGAUUGCUGCCACCCUAUACAUAUGCGGAUUCACAGAGGAGGCUCGCUGGUUCUUGGGGAAGUUUUCUUGGGGUCAUGCUUUCCUGGAGCUGAACGACAAGCUUCUUAAUGCAUACGCAUCCUGCAAGAGUAGCGAUGAGAUUCUGAAGGUGCAAAACGAAUACCUGGAGGAGGAGCAGAAGGAGCGUAACAAACCCCGGGACCUGCGCGACUUUUAUCCCACCAGCAGCAGUGAUAGUAGUAGUAGCGAAGAAGAAAGCGAAGAUGAUGCUAAAACUAAUAAGCCGAAUAAUUAAUCUUUACAAUGUGCUGACAUUUUAUUAGCAUUACAAUUAGCUUACUUUUAAUCUUGUUACGCGUGUUUUAAUAUACAAACCAGCUGUGAAAAGCUAC